CUCUCAUUAACUGGCUACCAUUCACAGUGAUCCUUCUGUACUGUAGAAGUCUUCUCACUCUUUGUAAACUACAGAAAAAGCUUAUUCUUAAUUAGCUCAAACAACACCAAAGUACUAUUUAUCUCCCUUUUGGAACUCUUUCAGCAGUGGAGGAGUAAACUGACAAGUGGUAAAGGACGCUAUUUAUGGUUUGUGGUCAUCUAUAUAUUUUUACCAGGAAAUUCUGAUCGUAUCUGUUCAUUGGACUCACAGAUUUUGCUAAUCAGGGAUUUUGAAUAUUACUUGCAAAUAAUUUGAGUGGAUCUGUUUCCUGUCUGAAAUCACGAAAUCAUUUUAAAGGUACAAACGCACGGCUGCAGAUUUGAGAACUUCCCAACUCUUAUUAAUGAGGAUUAACGGACUGUAGACGCCCCAGUGUAAACCCUACAAAGGCCUGAAGGCCCGGACUCCCGUAGUAGUCCCAUAGUUACCCCCCUCCACACCGACCCUAGACGUGUGAUCCACACGGCCCUUUUUGUAUUGGUAUACGUGACAUGGCAACAGACAAAACCAUGGUGCAGACAGACUCCACACCCACUACAAUGUUAACCGUACGCAUGAUCAUGCAGGGAAAGGAAGUUGGCAGUAUCAUAGGAAAGAAAGGAGAUAACAUUAAGAAGUUCAGGGAGGAUAGUGGUGCUAAAAUUAACAUAUCGGACGGGUCAUGUCCCGAACGUAUUGUUACAAUUACUGGAUCCACAGAAUGCAUUCACAAAGCAUUCACUAUGAUCUGUAAAAAGUUCGAAGAGGUGAGCGGGGGCCCGUAUCAAGAUCUUCAAAACACACCUACCGUGCCUAAACCCCCAGUAACAUUACGAUUGGUUGUGCCCGCGAGUCAAUGCGGAUCCCUCAUAGGAAAAGGGGGCUCUAAAAUCAAGGAAAUCAGAGAAACUACAGGUGCUUCUAUACAGGUGGCGUCAGAGAUGUUACCCAACUCAACAGAGCGCGCUGUGACUGUGUCAGGCACCGCAGACGCUAUCACACAGUGCAUAAGAAAUAUCUGUAAUAUUAUGUUGGAGUCCCCCCCUAAGGGAGCUACCAUCCAAUACCGUCCAAAACCUGUUGUCCCUCCGGUAAUCUUCGCAGGGGGUCAGGCAUACACAGUUCAACAGGGCCAGAUCGGACUGCCAGCGCCAGAGUUUCGACCAGUUCCUGAAAACGCGGAGUCCCACAGUCAGAUAACACAACAGUCUCAGUAUAAUAAGGUUUGGGGGCUUCAGGACCAUAACUGUAUGCUGUCGAAACUACAUCAGCUGUCGUUAGGUCAGGCCAUCCCGCUAAUUCCACAGUCUCAGACGAUACUGCCAGAUCACCGCAUGAUACCGGCUAUGACUGCACCAGGUAUCCCAGCGAUGGCAUAUCAGCGACCAAACAACACGGCCAUUCCAAACAGCCAUCAUCAACAACAGUCACAUGAGAUGGCCAUUCCAAAUGACUUGAUUGGUUGUAUCAUUGGCCGAGGUGGACAAAAGAUUAACGAAAUCAGACAAAUGUCAGGAGCUAUUAUCAAGAUCUCAAAUGCGGAGGAUGGUGCCGCGGACAGGAAGGUGACAAUUACAGGCACUCCAGAGACAAUCGGCCUGGCCCAGUACCUCAUCAACACCAGCAUGGAAAUGCAUAAGAAUUUGACCCUUGACCCGACAACCUCGACCCCUACAUCUUCUGCAACCUUGACCUCUGUUCAGUCCCAUCAUGCUCCCUUGGCAAUUCCGCUGAAUCAGCUAGCCAUGAAGCCGAUGCCUUUACUUGGACUAAACAUUGGGAUGAUGGAUUCUGCUGCUGCAGCAGCUGCUGCAAGUCAGAAAAAUUUCACAGCCAAAAUGAGGGUUGGGGUCGCCACGAAUGCACUGAGGGGUGACCGAAUGAAAUUCGCUCCUUACUAACCUCAAAUAUUUAGAGUGGGUGUAGCACCUUAGAGUGGUCGGCUAUUAGUCUGUAAAGAAUGGCUUGGAAUCGUCAUGUGACCAGCCACCAUAACGACCAAAUACGAAUACCAUCAUUUGUGAUGUUAUAAAAAAUUCUAUAUAAGAUAGAUAUAUAUAUAUAUCUUGACUAGUCUCAGUGGUAGUUACCAUAGCAACAGCUCAGUGUAUUUAUCUUACACAGAUUUGGCUGUGGUCUUACCAGUAACCACGCUAUAUUUUCUCUCUGAAGAAAGUCCAUAUAGUAGUUACAAUGCUGUUACAUACCAAUUCACUGUCUCAUUGUCAAACCGAUUUUAUUGUUGGAGAUGGAGCACUGUGAUAGUUCUUAAUCCAGCUCAAUUUUUCUCUCACACUUUUUUUGUUUUUUUGAUAUGUUGUAUUUUACCCAAUCCCAUGGUCCCACACCAUCUAUGUUUAGUAAUCACUCACCCCAUUUUCACGAUGGACUUUUCCCAAAACUGUGAUAUGGACAAAUUCAUGUUUUUAGGAGGAGCGAUACCAUUGAUUUAUUCACCAACAAAUCAUUCCUCAUAACUUUAAAUUUCAGGAAAUUAAAUAUUCAAAUAUCAAGAUUUUAUCUAAUUUUAUGGAAACAGAUUUUUGUAAACAUUCAAUUUUUUCCUUCAAUAUUGGAUAUGAUAACUGGUUUUAUAGAGAAACUUUUUAACAUCUGAAAGAUUUUUUGUAUGUAAAAAUAAUUUAUAAGUCUGAUUCUCUUUUUAAAAAAUACAUUCCCAUUAUGAUAGGUGUUUAUAUCAAAUUGGAUGUGUUUUUAUUGAAUCAUUCAGUGAGUAUGAUGGCUACAUGUUUUUGUACAGAGAAUUUUAAAAAUAUUCGGUAGGGAAAACCAAAACAUAUCAACUAAUAGGAUGACAUGUUAUGUCGUCACAUGCCUCAGCAUUUGUAGUGACUACGAUAUGGACUUUCUGCGGGGAAGGCUACUUAUAGACGAUCCAUAUAUUGAUGAAGAAAUCAUUUGUAUCUUAAUUGUGUAAUGUUUGUUGUUUAGAAAUUAUUCAAAAUUUCAAUUACUUACAACAUGAUUAACUUUUUUGUCAAAUUGUUAUAAUUUUUUUUUUAAUUAUUAUUAAUGAAAUAGUUAGAACUCCACUGAGAUAGUCUGUAUUUUUUUGAGCCAAAGAGAAGUUUACAGUGAUACUUUGGAGUGAGUUUAGCCACUUUCAUUGUUAAGGAUAUAUCUAUAUGUAUAUUAGUUUAUUCACUAUAUUCUCAUUCAAAAUAAAUAGUUUUUUUUUCUUUCUUAUUUUUUUUAAUUCUGUGUCUCGCAGACUUUAUUGAUAGUUAUUUUGCAGUAUUAAUUUGGUGUCUUUAUUUUUGAUUACAAUUAAUUGAUAAUUAAUGAGUGGCUAAUUACAGUAUGGUGCAGUUAUGGUAUCCUAAGUGAGUGUAAUUAAUGAGAAUGUGAAAGUGAUAAUUAUUGUGUAAAUGAAAAAAAAAGGCUACAUUUAAUGUUUCUUGAUUCUGGAGAUAUUAACAAAAUUGUCAAUGUAUAAUUUUUCUAGUAUAGCCGAUGUGAUGACAUUCCGAGUACAUAUCGAUUUGAUAUCCCCCAUCCCCCAUAAAUACAGGGUACGUAGCUCUUUAAAAGCUUGUACUACUUCUAGAUACACUGUUUUUGCCAAGUAUUGUCUUAUGGGGUUUACAAAGUCAAAACUGUGACUGUCAUGAGGCAUACUGCCUUUCCUAAACCAAUCGUAACCAUUUUUUUCUUCAUUAAUUGUUUAACAAAUUUAGGGGGAAAAAUCAGAUCUAAUUAGAGUUGUUAUCAAUAUGUUUAUGGUGGGUACUUUUUGGUUUUUUUUAAAAUGUUUUUGAAACCUUGUUUUUCGCAAAUGGCAUAAUUGAGAAUAAGAAAAUAUAAUUCUGAAGAAAAAAAUAUUUUGACUAAAAUUAAUGAUUUUGUUUGUUGUAAAAGAGUUAUGUGUUUCCUGUUAUGAGAUGUGGCUAGCUGUGCUAACAAACAUGAGAGACUGAAUGCCUCAGAUGUCACAUAGCUUUGACUUGAUUCCACCAUUUGGCAUGUCUCUAUACUUACAUAUAUAUAUAUAUAUAUACACGUGUAUCCAUAGUGUGUUUUUGUACAUUCGUAGUUGUUAAGGUCCCGUAUCACUAGAUUGCAAUAUAUAUCACCCUCGUAAUUUGUUUUUAUUUUAGUUUUUCAUUUUCCCAUUAAGAUUAUAUGUGUAUGUAUAUAUAUAUAGAAAUUAUAUACAGUAUAAAGAUAUAUAUAUAUAUAAUAUAUAUGAUACUAUUUGAAUUGUUCCUUCAAGAUCGUACCUCUAAAAAUGAAAUGAUUUUAAAUACAGUUAUAAUCAUUUACAAUCAUAGUCCUCAUUUGCAUAAUUUAUGUUUUGCAAUAUAGAUAUGUUUGCAAUAUUACUGUUUUGACGAAUGUUUGGUGUUAACUUUUUGCCCAUAUUUUGUGUAAGGAAGUAUUACGAGGUUUUGAAUUUUGUGUUUCCCCUGAUACUUAACAAUUGAUUGACAAGUGUUGAAAUGCUGUUAUAUUUCUGCCAUUUUCACCAUUGAAUUUCUCUUGCUUUUUACAUAGAAUAUGCUGUCUCGUUUAUAGUGGAUAAGCUCUAUUGAAUUGAGUUCUAUACUCAUGUGAUCACUUUUAAAAGAUGAAAGCCAGUUUCAUGAAGGGUUUGCUAUGCUUAAAUAAUUUCCAACUCUACUUUUUGCUAACAUGCUGUUAAACCAACUUUUUUUUUGUGUCAUCUCAGAUAUUGUUCUUAGAAAAAUCGGUCAUGCACUUGACACAGUCACUAAUGAGUUAUCUCCCCACUUCGUUACUUUUUAGGAUCACGACGGAGAUGUGUGGAUUGGGAAUUCGCUAGAAUUGCGUGUGCUUUGAGGACCAUGUUAACGUGAUAUUGAACUUCAAACACGACUCUACCGUAUCACUACAUUAUAGAGAGUUCUCUGUGACCUUGGUGCAGUGACCAUUGACCUCUGCCAUCGAGGGGUCAAAUCAAGUAUGAAACGUAAUGGCUGUAUCAAUGUGUACUAGUCCAUCAAAUUAUUCUAACAAGAUGUUGAUAUUCAUUUCUAUAAAUUAUAUUGUAGAUUGAUAGUGUGUUUAAAAAAAAACAAAUUCAUUGUGGUAAUAGUGCUAAUUAGUAUUCAAUAUCAGAUGGAUUAUAAAAUAAUUUUCUCAAAAGAUUUGGUUCUAUGUACAGGAAAUGAUAGGUCAUGUGACAUCACUAAGAACUCUCUAUAUGACACCGAUUGUUUUACUAGCACUUGUAGUAGCAGGGUUUGAUCAUGUAUACACUACAAUUAUCUUUUUCAUUUUUAUCUGAGCUUCCGAUUUAUAUACUGUGUGUUUUUACUAUAUAUAUAUAUAUAAAAUUAGCAACAGUGUGAAGUGAACUUGUCGGAUUGUUUGUGACCUGCUGUCAUAUUAUGUCAUUAUCCAUGCAUAUUCUUUUAGCUGCAGAAAUACUUCUAGGGUAGCCCUUUCCUAGGCCAGGAUGUUAAACCACACAAGUUAUUAUAAAGCCCAUUAGUACACAAUUCAACCCAUGUAAACUGAUUUCUAGUGUUUCUUGGUCAAUUUUAUUUUCUCAAAAAUAUUGAAUCAUAGUGACUGUCCAUUGUUUUAACAACAUUUGUUCCUUAAAAACAUGUUGAAGGAAAAAUAACCAUGGUGAUACAGGUUUAGUUUUCCAUUCCUUAGCUCUCCUUUUCAACUCUUAGCUUAAAACACCUUACGUAUCCCUGUUCUUGCCUGUGAUGGAAUAGAUGUUUGGAUUGUUCAAAAUAUGAUCUAUGCAUGCUUUUCAUCACUUUGUUACACACGGCUCCAUACCUGUACAGUCACGUUGAAUACCUCAAAAUUCUAGUCAAGAUUUCACAAGAAACACUUUGUGAUGAGAUACAAGAAUUGUCUCCCUUUUAUUACCAUUCUUUUAUCAUUUCUCCAUUAGCUUAUAACCAUUAUGCUCAAUAUUAUUAUUAUAUUGUAAUCAUAUAUUUUUUAUCACAUUAGAUAAUUUAUAAAUCUUGCCAAAAUUUAUUUUUACUUCCAUUCAGCUCAACCAAACCUUAAUUCUUCAAUUUUCACUUGUUAAAUGAUUCAGUUCCCAUCACUUUAUGAUAUUUAUCUAUAACGAGGGCCUAUAGAGUUUGUGUUUAUAAAUAACUUUUCUAUUUAGAACACCAAUGUUAUUGUCAGCAUUAUUAUGUAAUAUCCUGUAUUAAUUAACAUUAUCAGAUUUAGUACAUAGUGUGUACAACCAUUACCAAACAUUUUUCUAAUAUUUGCCAACAGAAUAUUUUUUGUUUAAGAGGGAGCAAAAAAAAAAAGAAAAAAAAACCACAAAGGCAAAAAAAGAAAAAUACCAAAUAAUGAUGAUGAAAAAUUUCACCUUUGUGCAUUAUUUGAAAAUAAAUGUUCAGUUAUUUCUUGUUUCAUAUGAUUGAUAUUUCACACGAUGGUGCAUUAUUAGAUUAAGAGAAAAUAAAAAAACACACACACAGAUGGAAUAUUUCAAAAGUAUUUCUUAUAUAGUAGACAUAUUAAAAUUCACAAAAUUUCAUGAUAAUAAGAGCUUAUACUGGUGUUAGGUUAAGUGAUUAGACUGCUAUUGUCCAGUCUUAGUGGUGUUGUUUAUCUGUGGACACGGUGGGUGUGUCCGUGUGUGGCACCUGUUUAAGGCUGUUACACAAUCACCUUGCUCUGUUAAUCGUUGGCCACAUGAAAAAUCAUUACCUGGUAAAACAUACCAAAACGUUAACCUCAAAUAGUUUGCAGUUCUGUAAGCCUGAGUUAACUCUACAUGUUGUUUUUAAAAAAAGCUCCUGUUAAAAUGUGUUCAUGUGAUAAUCGCCCAACGGUUAAAAAAAUGUUCAGUUAGGGUAUCUACGCAAAUCAAAUCUUCCAUCUAGCGUCAGUUUCCUGUAUACAUGAUCAAGCCAUCUAUCAUUGGUUAAUUUCUGAACCAGGUGAUCUCAUUUGCAUACUCCCAAGCAAAAAGAUUAAUUGUGCACAACCCAGAUAUGUACAUCUCUGUAAGGCAUGACCGAUUUAAGGGAAUAAGAAGCUCAGGGUAACAGUUGUUAUGAUUCAUUUGUUCAAACUGCAGGUAUACAUAUAUAUGAUUAUUCUUUCUCUUCUUUUUUUUUGAUUAUUAUUGAAAUUACUUUCAUUUUUUUCACAUCUUGAUUCCAAAGGGUGCUAAGUAGGGAAAAUCUGUUGAUGUUGCUUCCGUGGUCAUCAUAGUUCAGUGUCAAUAUGAUUCUAUAUUUGAAAAGUUCAUAAAGGUAGCUACGAUAUCUUUGAAUAUUUUUUUAUUUUUGUCAUAUGCACAAAUUCUCUUACUUCUGUAGUGUAAAAAAAAAAACAGCGUCUGACUCAUUGUUUUCAUAAACAAUAUUUGUCACAUUUUUCUCGGAGUUAUAACCUCAACAAGUUUAUUAAGCCAAAAUAUUUAUAUAUGUCUUAUAAAGUAGAUUUGUUAUAUUAGGUUCAACACAAGUUUGUAUGAUUUCCUGCCAAAAGAAAUACUUUGAUAAAAAUACUCGAACAGGGGCUCUGACAAAGGGAGAAAAUUUUGUCAGGUUUUUUUUUUCAUUUUUUUUUUUUUUUAUAAUUUUGAAAAGAAAAAUUCAGAUAUCAGUUGAGUUUAGUGAAUAGUUAAUUAUAUUUUGGCAUCCUACAAAAAGAAUGUGUUUAUUUUAAGUUUUAUCAGAAGCCCAGCGUGGAGCCCCACUGUGAUCUUUGAAUACACAAUAUACAUAUCAGUGAUAGAGUGGCAGUGCACCUAUAUAGUUCCUAGGACAAUGAAGUAACGGAAUUUUGUUGUUGAAAUGAUGAUGAACGUGUUCAGUAAUACUUUUGUAAGCAAUCAGUACAGCAUAUUACUUUCGUUUUUUGUUAUUGUUAAAACUCAUGAGGGAUGUAAAAAAAAAAGAAGAAAAAAAAAGGAAAAAAAAACGAGUUUGAGAAAAUUGUUGUAUUGUUGUGCUGUCCACAUAUUCAGAGUGUGUCUCAUAAUAUUAUGUGAUUGGCAAAGUGCAAACUUUUAUUUCAUAUUAUGACUUCAUUCAUGAUCACAUGUGCGUUUGUGUUUGAGACAUCAUUGUCACAGAAACGUUUUGCAUCUGUGGCAUUCUUUGAAUUGAUUUACUUGUUGAAGCAAGUUCCUAAUGGACUGAUAUCACUGUGAUCGAGUCCUACAUGCCAAUAAGUAUAUCUUUUUUGUCAGAGGAUACAGAGCUCCUGAGUAGAUAGCAUUUCCAUAGAGGGCAGGGAAUGAUUGUUUUAUGUUAAUUGUCAACAGAUUUGUGAAAUGAUAAAACAUUUUAUACAUCACCUCAGUACUUAAUGUAGAUAUAUUGCUGACAUCAAUAUCGUGAAGGUGUAGCAUAGUAUAACAUGUACCUAAACAGAUUUGUUCUGUUUCACAUGAGAAACAUGUCAGACUGAUGGAAAUAUUUAUGGAAGUUAGAGUGUACUUGUAGUGCUGUUUUGGAAGUACAUGUGAUGUUGUAUCAAUGUCUGAAAAAAUGUUCUGUAUCUUCUGACAAUGGGAGGUCACUAUUGUGUAGAUGUCUUUGGAGAAAUCUAGUCACAUUAUUGACCAUAGCUUAGCAAACAACUGUAAUGUAAAAAAUAAUGGUAGCAUAUCGUCUUCAAACUACUACAAAUAUGAAUAUAUUUGUAUAUGAAUCUUUAUGAAAAUGUCUUGUUUUGGCAAGAUGAGAAAUACUGAUAUAUUUUACUGCUACGUUAUGUUUCUCCAGGAGCAUGUCCACAACAGUGACCUAUUUUGCCUAGACUUGGCACUAGUUGUUUUAUCAUAUUUUAUAUUUAAUUUUGAGGGUUUUUUUGUCAUACAAUUGUAAUGUAUUGAUGAUUGAUUUGUUGACAAUGGAAAGUUUAAAAAUAUUUUUUUUCUUUUCACUAUCGUCACUUAAAUAAAUAUGAUGGUUGUAAUUUAAAUAUAUACAUUUAUUAUAAUGAUAUUUUUGAUAGCCUCUCACCCCUAGUGUUUGGAAUGGUAUGAACCAAACAAUGAAGAGACUAGUCUUUUAUCACUGGUAGGGGGUGACAGGUCAUCAGGAACUGUUGCAGGCCACUAGGAGUGGAACAUGAGUGUUGGAUAUUUAGACUGUAUCGCCAUAGCGACAGUAAAUCUCUGUAUCGCCAUGGCAACAGUUACUCUUGUACAAGCUGUAUAAAAGUGUUGCCAAACUCAUGAGAAAAUAUUAAUAAAGAUUUGGAUUAUUUAAUUUAUACAA